CCUUGCUACCAGCUGGAAAGAUGGAAUUCGUUACUGUGUCAGAAAAGGUACUUUACCUUAUCCGCUACAACAGCAGGAAGAGUGUCAGGCUAGUGGCACCAACCGCUGGUUGGCAGGUUUAAGAAUUCCGUGGCUUGCAAAAGAUUUAAGAAACGACAACAUUUGUAUAAGGUUAAGGUAUGAAAUGAACACCAAGAAUCCAAUAAGCUACCUUGCAGAUUGCAACGUGAAAUAUAGAUUCUACUGCCGUUAUACAGAGUCGGGAUAUAACGAGACAUGUGACGUCAACAUACAAUCUCCUUGUGUAUCCCAUUUCGUCUGCUCUAACCGUAACGGUUCCCCACGGUGCCUGUGCUCGGAGGACGAAUAUUGGAACCAAACAACCGGAAAUUGUAGCUCAAGGAAACCUACGGCCAAGAAUGCCAAGAAGACACCAUGUGUGGUAAAAGUCUGUCUUGUUUACUUCAUGGUAGUAAAUGUUACUGUUUAUGUGUAAAUGGUUAUUACUGGAGUCAAUCACAACAACAGUGUCAGCAGGAGAACAUGCUCGCUGCCAAGUUUUUCGAUACAGCUAUGGCAUAUGCUGAAGCCGCUGCGACAUGUAAACAAAAUAAUGCCUACUUAGCAGACGAGGUAAUAUUAACAAAGACAUUGAAGACGUGUGUUAAUACAAAGCUCCCCAUUCUUGUGACAGGUGUCCCACACAUUGAUGAAGGAUUCAGAUGUGUAACAGUACAACUUGUAGAGGGUGAUAUUCAGCAAAACAGAGUGAAUUGUCUCCAUAAAUACCCUUUUUUCUGCAUUAGGGCAGCAUCUGGUGUUUCGGAUGAUCCGUGUAACAACUGGGAUAGACAGGUCAAGAUUCUCAAGGAAACGAUCGACAUAAAAAUAUUAAUAGGUGUAGUAACGGCGGUAGUACUGCCAGCAGCAAUAGCCAUUGCUGUGAUGACCAUUUACAUUCGAAAAUUAAGGCUAACAAGUUCUAUGAACAGCAUGGAACAAGAUAUCCGAAUACAGACAGAAACAUCACCACUGGAAGUCCCAGCUCGCUCGAAUGAGGACGAGGAUGGAUUCGAGAUUCCUGAUGCAAUAGUUAAUGAAAGCAUGGAGCUAGAAGAUCUCAGUCACUAUGAUGACAUAUCUAGUUACGAGUGGCUGGAGGAUCGGAAUAGCAGCGAGAACCCAUACAGCAUCUUAAUUCGGGCGAGGGAGCUGUCCAGGGAUUUUGGCCAUUGAAGUUUGUUAUCGCAAUUUCUCAGAAAGUACUGAAGGGAUCUUUCUCACAUUUCAUGUGUAGGUUCCCCU